UUUUAUGUAUAGAGAAACAUACUGGAAACCUGAAAGUGGGGAGAAAAUAAUAGGCGUCAAAUACCGGCAACAAUUCCAUUUCGCAAACCAAAAUAAAUUUAUAAUUUGCAGAAUAAGCAACCACCCUGAAGAUCCUACUACAUAUUGACAAUUUGAUGUUCAUUGUACCAGAAAGUAAGGAAGAAAAUUGAUAUAUUCUGGUUGGACAGGAUGCAAAUCAUUUGUAGGUAAUUCUACAGUGACGCCUUAAUUAGAACAUAUCCACAUUAUUUCGUAAUAUCCAUUAGAUUGAGCGGACGUGACAAAGGAUUUCUUUUAAUGAACAUCGAAUGAGUUUUUUGGAAUCUGAAUGGAAGGAAUAUCACUUCUGAAGAAUUGUUUCCGGAAAUUUAAAACGAUAUUAGAUACUCUGCUAUGUAUAUGAACAUACCAUGAAUAAAGAUGGAGAAUGUUACUGACUAUUUCGAAAUUUUGGGUAAUGUUACAACGGAGAAUGGCAUAUCGACCGGUUACAUUUCAAUCAGUGUUGAUCCUCUAUUUACUCCCAGUGAGGAGAUCUAUUCACUUCCUAUCAAAAUUAUCAUCUGUGUUGUUCUUUCAAUUAUAAUCAUGGUUACAAUUGCUGGGAAUGUGUUUGUCAUUGCCGCAAUCCUUUUGGAAAAGAGCCUACGUGGUGUUUCUAAUUAUCUGAUAAUGUCUCUCGCUGUGACGGACUUGAUGGUAGCUAUAUUGGUCAUGCCCAUAAGUGUUGUCCACGAAGUAACUCCGGAUUGGAACUUUGGAGGCGCAAUCUGCGACAUGUGGAUUAGUUUCGAUGUUCUAUGUUGCACUGCUUCUAUUUUGCACUUAGUUGCAAUAGCAUUUGAUCGUUACUGGGCUGUAUCAAAUAUUGAUUAUAUCAGACGGAGAUGUGCCAAACUAAUAGGCUUUAUGGUUGUUGCUGUAUGGGUGGUUGCCGUUUCAAUAUCGAUACCUCCAUUAUUUGGCUGGAAAGAUGACAACGAUCCUAAUAUCACCAAACGUUGCUUGAUCAGUCAAGACCUAGGUUACACAAUAUUCUCAACGUUGGGCGCAUUUUAUUUUCCUUUGAUAUUAAUGCUAGUUCUAAAUAUCAAAAUAUAUGUCGCUGCCCGAACACGGAUUCGAAAGAAAGGUUUUUAUGGCUACCGACGACCUGUACCUGUUUCAGCGAUUACAGUUACAAUGACAGAGGGUCAAAAUCUCUCACCAAACUCCUCUGGAAGUGACAUUAGUCAUGAACGAUAUAGUGCCUACAAUGGAUCUUGUAUGAACAUGAAUGAACUAACACGGGUGAAUAGCGUUAUGGAAUUGACUGAUGAACGGGAAUCUGCAAUACAAACAAGCCCGACAACAGCCACAACUAUAGCCACACCCGCAUCGUCCACGUUGACACUAAGUGCUCCAACUGGACGAACGAAAUUAGCUGAAACAUCAGUAAAUCAAUUGUCAGUUCCGUCGGGACCAAAAGGCAGUAGUGGAUGUAGGAAUUUAAUUUCUUCAAAGAAUCAAAGACAGUCAGCUAAUGGUCACGUUAAAAGAUUACGUCAACGUGAACGAGAACGGGUAAAGAAAGAAAAAAUUGAAAUGAAGCGAGAACGGAAGGCUGCCAGAGUGAUUGCUAUUAUAACUGGUGGCUUUAUGGCGUGCUGGUUGCCCUUCUUCAUGGUUGCCUUGAUCGGACCGUUUUGUAAAGAAUAUUGUUAUUUCCCCCCUGUUCUGAUGAGUCUCUUUUUGUGGCUUGGUUACUUAAACAGCCUUUUGAAUCCAAUAAUAUAUACCAUAUUUAAUCCAAGCUUCCGGACUGCCUUUAAAAAACUAAUAUACGGAAAAUAUAGAAUGAGAUCACAGUGUCGAUAAUGAAAAUGAAAUUGU